AUGCUGGGUGCCAGCCACAUGCUCCUGGAGGAGCCCGUCCGCCUCGCCUCCGUCCUGUCCCCCGCCAAGCCCAAAGUAUUCCCAUCCCUCACCAAGAUUGUUGGGACGCUCGGGCCCAAGUCACACUCGGUUGAGGUUAUUCAGGAAUGCCUCACUGCUGGAAUGUCAGUUGCACGGUUUGAUUUCUCAUGGAUGGACGCCGCGUACCACCAUGAGACCCUUGACAAUUUGAGGAAAGCAGCACAGAACGUGAAGAAGUUGUGCCCGGUAAUGCUGGAUACUCUGGGUCCAGAAAUUCAGGUUCACAAUUCCACUGGUGAGCCAAUUGAGUUGAAAGCUGGGAAUCAUGUUAUCAUAACUCCAGAUAUUUCUAAAGCUCCCUCUGCUGAGAUCCUACCAAUUAAAUUUGGUGAUCUUGCAAAAGCUGUGAAGAAGGGUGAUACUCUUUUUAUGGGCCAAUAUCUCUUCACAGGAAGUGAAACAACUUCUGUGUGGCUAGAAGUUGUGGAGACUUCUGGGGAAAAUGUAAAUUGUCUAGUGAAGAAUGCAGCUACACUUGCUGGCCCCAUUUUCACUUUGCAUGUUUCACAAGUUCACAUCAGUUUGCCCACUUUGAGUGAAUACGAUAAACAUGUCAUUUCAACUUGGGGUUCACGUAACAGCGUUGACAUUAUAUCACUUUCCCAUACCCGCUCUGCUGAAGAUGUUAGGGAGCUCAGAGCCUUUUUACAAUCACAUGCCCUUCCCGACACACAAAUAUAUGCGAAGAUUGAAAAUUCUGAGGGUUUGGAUCAUUUUGAUGACAUUCUUAAAGAGGCGGAUGGCAUCAUUAUUUCUCGAGGAGACCUGGGAAUUGACCUUCCUCCGGAAAACGUUUUCAUGUUCCAAAAGACAGCUAUUCAUAAAUGCAAUCUGGAGGGUAAACCUGUGAUCAUCACUCGAGUUGUGGACAGCAUGAUUGACAAUCUACGCCCUACCCGUGCAGAGGCAACUGAUGUUGCAAAUGCUGUCCUAGAUGGCACUGAUGGCAUUUUGCUUGGUGCGGAGACACUUCGAGGGCUUUAUCCUGUUGAUGCAGUGAGUACUGUGGGGAGAAUAUGUGCAGAAGCUGAGAAUGUGUAUAAUCAGCCACUUCAAUUCAAGAAAGUAAUGUGGCAUGUAGGUGACCCAAUGCCCCAUGAGGAAUCUGUGGCAUCAGCAGCGGUUGGUUCUGCAAUCAAAGUAAAAGCUGCUGCAAUUGUUGUGUUCACAUUCUCAGGGAGAGCUGCGAGGUUAAUUUCUAAGUACAGGCCAACAAUGCCAGUUUUAGCAGUUAUCUUCCCACGUGAAGGAUCUGAUCCAUCAAAGUGGCGUUCUUAUGGCACAACACAGGCAAGGCAAUGUUUCGCAGUGAGAGGCGUGUACCCUUUGAUGGGGAGUACUGAUGAGGCUGAAACUGGUGGGCUAACAAAGGAAGAGUAUGGGAUAAAACUUGCAGUGAGCUAUGGUCGGUCAGUCGGCAUAGUGAAGCCUUUCGACAGGUUGAUAAUCUUUGAAAAGAUCGGUGAUUCUUCUGUUGUCAAGAUCAUCGAGUGUGAAGGUUAA